UCGUAUUUUUGCUGACAUGUCAGAGCAGUCUCCUGGUUCUCGCCGAUUAAGUAUGUGGGAACACAUGCUUAGAAUUCGACCUUUGGCACGUAGUCCGCAUUGACGAAAGUAGCAAGGAACUUUCAUCUGACUCAAAUCAGUUGUGGAAUCUCAUUUGCUCCGGUUGAUUUAGGUACCCCUUUGAAUUGAUUGGAAAUCAGUUUUUGUGAGAAGUUUAUUUGGUUUCAACUAAAAAUGGAACCGUCCAGUGCACGAUUUUUGGCGCUAUUGAUUCUAUUUUGUGGUGCAAUAGUGAAAACUGUGGAAUCAUUCGAAAAAGAUGAUGUUAUCAAACACAAUACGAAAGUGGGCGAGAAACGCAUAUCUGCACAGAUCUUGGCACUUAUAGACCAUUACAAGCAAGAAGAUCCUGUUGGAAUUCCAGGGGCACCGAUUCCUGACCCUAUGCCUGUGCCUGACAUAAGUAAAUCACUUGGCCUUGCUACUUUCAAUAUGAGAAACGUUCUCGCUCAUGGCCUUUCUAAAUUUCGAAUAAAAAAUUUGAAUAUUGACAUCAAAGAAUUGAAGGCGUUCGUUGGAAUUCAACUAGAUAACAUGAACAUGGUCGGUGAUUACACAUUAUCCUCGCUCUUCAGUCGAACCCAAGGACCCUUCAAAGUGAUGCUCAAAAAUGUUAUGGUAAAAGGCAACGCUUCCUUGGCGGUUCAGCGAGACGGAAUGAUAAAAACAGACGACAUUCAAAUCGACAUAACCUUCUCUGACAUGGCGAUGGAUUUUCAAAAUCUAGGGAUAUUGGGGAGCGUGUUCCAAGGGUUUAUUAACUCGGCCCCUACCUUAGUUUUUGAUUCAAUGAAACCAUUUAUGUUAGCUGAAGCUUAUAAGCAAAUCCGCACUGAAAUUGAUUCAAAUAUAGCUAACGCAACGGGUGAGUUCCGUUUCCCCAACUCAAUUUCGCCUCUGGAUAUGGCCAUUGCUGAAGGACGCAAGAAAGUGCGCAGUAUGGGCUAUGAACCUUAUAUGAUUCGGGAUUAUAAUCACACUAUGGGGUUGUUCUCAAUGCAAAUGACCAACACAUAUUUAACAGGGGCAUCUUCAUUCUAUAGAGUAGGGAAUAUGACGGUGGUCAUGGCAAACAACACAAUAUCCAUGCGUUUUCAAGUUGGUACUCAGAAGCUGGCGGGCGCCACGCAAUGGGAAGUUGGAAUGGGAAAUGGAAUGGUCACUAGAGCUGGACAUGCCGAGUUUACAGUGCAACACAUUAAAGCAACUAUUGAAGUCAGCCAAGCACUAGAUUUGCGAAAACGACCUCAAAUUAAAGAUCUACAAUUCGACUUGGGCAACAUCCAGAUACGUUGCGACGGUGCUGGAACUCUAGACUACAUUUUGGAAUUUGGAGUAAAUGUCUUGCCGAACUUACUACGUUAUCAAAUUAUGGAUGGGCUUGAAAAUCCCAUCAAAGUAAGGAUUCAAGAGAAGAUGAACGCGAUUGACGUGGAGAUGGCAAUCCGGCAGUAUUUACCACAGUUCGAAAAAAUGGGUUUGGAUGCUGACUUCAAUUUUAAAUUGUAAUUUUCCAUAGAACCUUUGUAGAUUUAAGAUGUAAGUUUAGAAGUUCAGAAAUAUUGAAAAUUUAUAGAGAAUAAAUAAAGAUUCCUUUUUUCGAGAAUGG